UUCUGUAUAAAGGUCCCCUCAUUUUGUCUCUUCAUCAUAACCCCGCCUUCUACGUCGCUGUAUCCGAUCAUCACUCUUUCAAAUCCUCCAGAGAACAAGCUAGCGAAGAUGGGUAACAAGCUCACCGCGGGAGGUGAUAACGGAAAGGGGAAGACGGAUGUAAUAGAUGACUGUUAUAGCACAUAUUUCGAAAGCAACGACCGCAUCCACAGCGCAAGUGAUUUCUGCCGAGCAAUAGUCGAUACAGUAAAGGAACUGAAUAAAAAGCAUGGAUACACGCAGGUGAAAGCCCCGUCUGUGGAUAGUCUGGAAAGAGAAUACAAGAAAUAUUGCAAGGAUGGGAAGGGGAAGCCAUCAAAGGAGGAUUUCAAGAAGAUCAUGGGGAGUUUAGAGAAGGAGGCAGAGCUUACAGGUGUGGGCGGAGUGAAGGACACUCUGCUGUAUAUAUUUGGAGUGCCUGCGUCUGCCACCUUCCUCAAGAACGCAGUCAUGCCUGGCCUCGUCUCCAAUGAAAUUCUCAUCCCCACCAUGACUUCCCUCACCGCCCUCGUUCUCGCUAAGCUUAACAAGAUUUGACCCUCUUCAUUUACUCAUGACUCGUGUUUCCAUUUGUAUCUAUGCAUUGUUUUUAUUUCUUUCUUCUCAACUCUCCUCACCCACGUUUAUUAAUAAUGAAUAAUAUUUGCAUUCCUGCU